CAAGAACCCCCAAAAACCCAAAAAAAAAAAAGCAUGCAGAACGCCUACGCCACCGCCUCGCUCUACGUUGGUGACCUCCACAACGAGGUCACUGAGGCUCUCCUCUUCGAGCUCUUCAACGCUGUCGGCCCCGUCGCCUCGAUCCGCGUCUGCCGCGACUCGGUGACGCGCCGCUCGCUGGGCUACGCUUACGUGAACUUUCACUCCGUCGUCGACGCCGAGCGCGCGCUCGAGACGAUGAACUACACUCUCAUCAAGAACAAGCCGUGCCGCAUCAUGUGGUGCCACCGCGACCCGUCGCUCCGCAAGUCGGGGACCGGCAACGUCUUCAUCAAGAACCUGGACAAGUCGAUCGACAACAAGGCGCUGUACGACACCUUCUCCGCCUUCGGCAACAUCCUCUCCUGCAAGGUGGCCACCGACGAGUCCGGCGCCUCCAAGGGCUACGGCUUCGUGCACUACGAGACGCAGGAGGCCGCGCAGAUGGCUGUGACCCGCGUCAACGGCAUGCUGCUCAACGGCAAGAAGGUCUUCGUGGGCUUCUUCGUGUCGCGGAAGGAGCGGUCGACGGACGAGAACGAGAAGGCCUUCACCAACGUCUUCAUCAAGAACCUGCCCGUCGAGUGGGAGGACACCGAGCUCAACGAGCUCUUCGCCGAGUGCGGCACGAUCAAGUCGUCGGUCGUGAUGAAGGCUGCCGACGGCAAGUCCAAGGGCUUCGCCUUCGUCAACUACGAGACGCACGAGGAGGCGGCCAAGGCGGUGGAGGAGCUCAACGGCAAGGAGGUGAACGGCAAGGCCAUCUUCGUCGGCGCCGCGCAGAAGAAGCGGGACCGCGAGCGCGAGCUGCGCGAGAAGUUCGAGGCGCUCAAGGUGGAGCGCGCGUCGAAGUUCACCGGCAUCAACCUGUACGUCAAGAACCUGGACGACGAGGUGGACGACGAGCAGCUGCGCGAGGCGUUCGUGCCGUUUGGCAACAUCACCUCCGCCAAGGUGAUGGUGGACGACAAGGGCGCCUCGCGCGGCUUCGGCUUCGUCUGCUUCGCCGUGCAGGAGGAGGCCACCAAGGCUGUGGCCGAGAUGAACGGCCACAUCCUCGGCCAGAAGCCGCUGUACGUGGCGCUGGCGCAGCGCAAGGACGAGCGGAAGAACAUGCUCGAGCAGCAGCACCAGUCGCGGCCCGGCGGCGGCCGCAUGUCGGGCGGCGGCGGCGGGCCGAUGUACGGCCAGAUGCCGCCGCAGAUGGCGAUGUACGGCCAGAUGCCGCCGCAGGGGCCGGCGGGCGCGCGCGGCUUCAUGUACCCGCAGCAGAUGAUGAUGCGGCCGAUGGGGCCGGGCGGCGCGUACCAGCCGAUGGGGCAGAUGGCCAACUACAACUACGGCGCCAUCGCCAUGGGCGGCCGCGGCGGCGGCCGCGGCGGCAUGCAGGGCGGCCCGGGCGGCCGCGGCGGCAAGCAGGGCCGCGGCGGCGGCGGCAUGCAGCAGAUGGGCCCGGGCCGCGGCGGCGGCAUGAUGGGCCCGGGCGGUCCGCAGGGCCGGAUGGGCAAGGGCGGCGGCCCGCGCGGCCCCGGCCAGAUGCCCCCCAUGGGCAUGCCCGGCCAGCCGAUGCCGAUGGGCCCGCCCGGCGGCCAGCAGGGGCCGCCGCAGGCGCCCGGCCAGCUGAACGCGGCGACCCUCGCGGCGGCGCCGCCGGAGCAGCAGAAGCAGCUGCUGGGCGAGCGGCUCUUCCCGCUCAUCCAGGCGCAGGAGCCCGCCAUGGCCGGCAAGAUCACCGGCAUGCUUCUCGAGAUGGACAACGGCGAGCUGCUCAACCUGCUCGAGUCGCCCGACGCGCUCAACGCGAAGAUCAUGGAGGCCAUCUCGGUGCUGCAGAUGCACACGGAUCAGGCGGCCAAGCAGGAGGGCGCCGACCCGCAGUGAGCGCCGCGGCGCGCCCGUCGUCCGCGCGACGGCGGCUGCCGUGGAUCCGCGCGGCGCGCCCCUCGCCCCGACGUCUUUGGGGGGCGAGGCGCGGAACGCUCUUCUGCCGGGCCCACCGGGGGGUGUGUCUUUCGCGGCGCAUGCCAGCUUCUCCCGGCCCCCCUCUCUUGACUGAGGUAGCGCGGGGGCCGCGCACGACCGGCGUCAGCGAUAAAGGGGUUCUCGCUGCGCCCAUGCCGGGCUGGAGACGAAGGUGUGCGUCGAGGUUCCGGAGAGAGGGGCGUUCCUGGCCGCGCCGCGGGGCGUCCAUGGCACAAUUUGAAGGUGCAAGAUCGUGCGUGAGGAUGCGAUUUUUUUGUCUUUUGCGCUCUUGAGAGAAAAACAACU